CGACAAAGGCCACGUGGCGAUGAAACUCCGCCCGAAUUAGAGAGACACUGGUUUCCGUGGAAGAGCAAGAUCACGUGUACACUGGAUAUUCUCAUGCAUCUUCCACGCUCGGUAUUCUCACAGCGCCAAUUAGAUCUAUUUCUGUGGCUGCUCAAGAUCAAUGACGUCGAGGAUGUCCCUUCGGUCAAGUCGAUUCAAUCUUUCAAUGCACUUCUACAAGGAAUGUGUGGCAUCGACAGUAUACCUUACAAGGGUGCACUGGGCCACAACUACUACGUGAAUAGUCUUGCCCAGAUCAUUGCACAGGAAAUGGCAAACCCCUUGGUUCGCCCUCACCUUUACUUCUACCCCGAACGUAGCAUCGGCCGGUCACUGUCAGAGGCCCGUCAGGCUGAACGAUGGCUCUCUGAGCUACCUGACGAUCAGCUGACCCCGAUGGCGCGCUUCCGCGAUGGAGACUACUUCAUUCACGAGCCCGCCAUGCUCACCGACGGCCGUUUCUGCAUGCCUGUCCGUUGGUUCACAAAGGCCGAGACCGGUCCCCAUCUUCUCUAUGCAAAGUGCUGGGAGCUGCGUCCAGUGAGUAGUGAGACGAGCAGUGGGUGGCGAGUCAUCAAGCACAAGAACUAUGAAGUACCGGCGAGGAUGUUUCUCAAGAACCUACCGACUCUUUCGAUGGAUGCAGCGACGUAUGGUGUUCCUGCACCGGAGCAUAUCCUUGAUAUCUAUGACCCUGAGACAGAGACACUAUCGCCAUGGUCCCUUACCGAUCCCACUGCUGGUAAUCGUUGGCGUGCACUUUCGAAAGGGCAUCGUGUUCUGGCAUUUCCGAUAUGGAUGUACUGUGACGAUACAUCUGGGAAUGUAUCAAAGAAAUGGAACGAGCAUAACAGCUUCCUUUUUACGCCCGCUGGCCUUCCGCGAAGUGAAACACACAAAGAGUUCAACAUACACUUCCUAUCAACAUCCAACAUCGCACCACCGCUUGAGAUGCUUGACGGUAUUUUGGAUCAGCUUGAAGAGGCACAGCACGACGGCAUCUGGGCAUGGGACUCCGACGAAAAUGCCCCAGUAUUGAUGAUACCAUGCGUCCUCGCCCUUCUCGGCGAUAAUCCAAUGCAGAGCGAGUUUGCUGCUCACAUCGGUCUUCGUGGAAAGUAUUUCUGUCGGGCGUGUUGGGUCAAGGGGUCGGAUGCGACAGCAGAUGCAGAUCCUAGUGCACGAGGACGUGCCGCUGACGGGGAUGGAGCUCAAUCGCAACAUGGUACGAAGUCGAAAGGGCGGCGAAGGAAGGUCGUGGAGUCUAUGGCUGGAAUGAUGUCUCGUGUCAAGGAAUUCAUAAAGGUUGGAAAACCUCGCAGGAAGGAAGAUACCACAAAGACUCUAAAUUCAAUGUUCAAGGAAGCAUCAACGCUUGACACCAAGACCAAAGUACAGCAGAUGCGAACAAAUUCCGGUGUCAAGGACACCUACCAGCUCCACUUUCUCGAGAAACUUUUCGGCUCAUAUAAGAACAAACGUGGCACUAGCGACAAGCAAGCCGCUCUCGAUGCUGAGAUCAAGAACCUACCGGCAAACAUCACCAGCCCUGUGUGGCGUAUUAAAGGCCUUGAUCCCCACCAAGACACACCUGUCGAGAUUCUGCAUGUCAUUCUGCUUGGGUUCGUGAAGUACUUCUGGCGCGAUCUAGUCCAGAACCAGCUCAAGAAGAGACCGGAAAAGAAGGAGCUUCUCGCAACGCGUCUCACUUCAUUAAACGUCUCUGGAUUGAAUAUCUCAUCCCUCGCUGGCCAUACUCUAGUUCAGUACUCUGGUUCACUCACCGGACGAGACUUUCGUGCAAUCGCUCAGGCUGCCCCAUUUGUGAUAUACGACCUUGUUUCGCCUGAUUGUCUUGCGACGUGGGUCUCUCUUUCGAAGCUGAUACCACUUGUGUGGCAACCAGAAAUUGAGGAUAUUGAUGUGCACGCUAAACUGCUCGAGACCGAAAUCGAGCAGUUUUUGCUCUGUACUGCGCGGUGGACUUGCCGCUGGUUCAACAAGCCGAAAUUCCAUAUUCUCGUUCACCUUCCAGACCACAUACGCCGGUUUGGGCCUGCUAUUCUGUUCGCGACUGAGGCCUUCGAAUCUUUCAAUGCUGUCAUUCGUGCGAAAAGCGUCCAUUCUAAUCGACUCUCGCCUUCUCGUGAUAUUGCAGCCGCCUUCGCUCAGGGCAAUCGCAUUCGCCACCUGUUGAGUGGCGGCUACUUUAUAUCUCGAUCGACAAAGGAAUCAGCCGGGUUAGACACCCCACUCGAGUCCCUCACCCUCUCUAACUCGAGGCGCGCACCGACAACCAAAUCACACUUCAGUUUUGAUCAAUCAAAAUGGCAACAUGUUGGUCCUGGGCCGAAAUCACUUGUCUCCAUGCCUAACACCGUGACUCACACCGCCGCUCCCCAUCAUGCUGCAUCCAUCCUCCUUUCGCAUUCCACACCUGAAACUGCCCACCACACUCUUUUUGAUCACUCGCAUUUCACGUUCAAGACGUCCGAAUCCGUCUACCUUCACAACGGUGAUCAUUGCUGCAUCGGCAGUUUUGUCAUCGUCCGGCGCUCACACACACUUGGUGAGACAUAUGUUGGGCGAGUGUGUGAGAUUGUGCAGAUGAAAGGAUCCCCUUGCGAUUUUGCCCAGACCCCAGACGGAAUUCUCGUCCAAGCAACCGACACAUCACGAUCUUCAUCAUCAUACGGCAUGCCCCAGCUUCAUCUUCUUCAACAGUUCGACUUUGUGCCCCUCGAUAGUAUCCUAUGCACGGUCAACACGCAGCACAACUGUGUUGCAAAUGCUUGCACAGUGGCGUCCACCCGCUCGGUAUAUCAAGAACGCUCACUUACCACCUUAAAGAAGGAUCAGGUUGUUCAUAAAGGUCAAGCCGAUGAUUGGAUUCUCAAUACCGCGCAGAUGCGGGAUGCCUACCAUCUGCAGCGGUUCCGGAUUCACUCAGUGUGUCUGGAUCAGGAAAGGAUUGUGGAGGCCAGUGUUGGGCGAGAGAUUGCCGCUCAAAAACAUGCACGCCGGACGGUUACCACA